CAUAUUCUUAGUCACUUCCUUUCCUUAUAAUUUCCUUGACUUAAGGUUUCUUCCUUAAUUCGGUAGCUAUAGUCGUAAAAAGUCUCCUUCACUUAAGCAUUUCCUUACUCAAGGUUUUGGAAUGAACUGUCAAAGUGAAGGUACCUCUUGAGCUACCUUAUAGAUACUCAAGGAUAGAAAUGGCGGAGUUUGACGAAUUUAUUGAAUACGUUUUAGGAGAACCAUAUAAUUUCUUGGCACGGCGAUACAUAAGGGAUGCUGAAAACCCUUUCGAAUUUUACAAUGAUACGGAAUUUCAGGGACGGUUUCGAUUUAGCAAAGCGAGUGUUAUAAAUCUGCUGAUGCCUCUGUUUCCUGCAGCAGACGAAUUACAAGAAGUUAAGAGGAAAUUUUAUAACAUAGCUCACUUCCCAGGUGUAAUAGGCUGCAUAGACUAUAUCCCUAUAAAAAAUCCAAACCGUUUAACAGGAGAGGUUUUCAGAAACCGUCAUGGAUGGUUCUCCAUUAAUGUGCAGAUUGUGUGUGGGCCCAAUAUGGAAAUAUUUGAUAUUGUUGUACGCUGGCCUGGGUCUGUACACGACUCCAGGAUUUAUGCUAACUGUAGGUUCUCUAUGAGGCUACAAGAAGGUGACCUGGCUGGUAGCGGCAUCCUACUAGGUGACGGUGGCUAUGCCCAAACACAAAUUAUGUUUACACCGGUGCCAAACCCUGAUACUCCAGAGAAACAGCGAUAUAACAGAGCACAAAUCUCCACAAGAAAUGUUAUAGAACGAGUAAAUGGAGUACUUAAGAGACGGUUUGCUUGUCUAAACCGAAAGCUGCAGAACAGUUUAGAGAACUCAUGCCACAUCAUAGUGGCAUGUGCUGUCCUCCACAAUAUAUGCGUGAAAACGAAUGAGCCAUUAAUUGAGCCUGAGCUUGACCUGGAAGCUGUUCCAGUAGCUGAAGUGCAGGAUGCAGCGCGAGGUAGCAUAAUAAGGAGUGCAUUUAUAACCAGGCAUUUUAAUUAGGUAUGAUAUGAAAGUUUGAUUUUUGUUAAAUAAAUAAGACAGUUUUUAGCUAAAUAAACAUU